GCCACCUAUCGGGAAUAAGCAGUAGCAGCUGACAACAGCUGAGUAGUGGUUGGUUAGUGGGCGGGUUCUAAGUAAAUCGAUAAAUGCAGGUGCUUCAGGGCUAAUCCAACAAAUUUGGACCCGCCAAAGCGCCCCCAUUGGAAAAUUUCCAUGGGUUCCGAGUCGGACACCCGACCUUUUCCCUUUCGCCGGCGCGCAACUUCAACUAUACAACAUUUAGUUACUCUUACCUCGCAAACAUUACUACCGCCUCUUGCGAAUUGAUACCCCGGUGACUGAACAAGAUGGCCGCUUUUGUUAAAGCAAUCAAUGCCAAAAUUCGGUCGAACCCGACCGUGAGCUACUUCUGCUCUACACACUUUUGGGGGCCUGCGUCGAAUUUCGGUAUUCCAGUGGCCGCUGUGAUGGAUGCGCGGAAAUCGCCUGAACUGAUCUCCGGCCAAAUGACCUUUGCUCUCGUAAUCUACUCAGCAACGUUCAUGCGAUACGCUCUCGCCGUAACACCUAAGAACUACCUCCUCUUCGCCUGCCACUUCAUCAACGAGGGCUCGCAGAUAACGCAAGGAUACCGAUACCUGCAAUGGCACCACUGGGGUGGUAAAGAGAAGGCAGGCGUCCUAGGCGCCGUCGAAGGAGCGAAAGAAAACGCCGCCGCCGCCGCCAGCGAUAAGAUCAAGCAAGUUGCCUCAAAAUAAAAUGGUUCACGGAUACGUGGUGUUCAUGGCGUCAGCUAUUUCUCUUGUGCAGCCUGUCACCGGGGACAAUGUGCAUUCAACAACAAAAAGGGAUCGCAAGUUUGCGUAUAGAGUGAUCUCGACGUCUUUGGCGGAAGAGUCGAGGGGAUGGUCUAGAUGGGACUAUGCCUUUUUUUACCUGGGGGCAUGAGGUAGUGCAAUGGCUUUGUACUUAUACUGCAUUAACUGGCAUAUUGGGUUGUUGCGUGAUAACCUCCUGAAUUAGAAAGUCUGUUUGUUUUGAUCAUGCUAGUUUAUUGGUGCCUUUAUGCGAGGAGUGAUACUUGCAACACUUACGGGUUUCUCCUAGCCUGGGGGUACGCCUAGACAUAAUUAACAUGCAGCAAAAAUAACAGUGAUCUAUUGA